UUAAUUUCCCCUUUUUCAGCAACAAAAUUGAAUUUGUUCAAAAACUCUGACUAAUUCUUUUUGGGAAAGAGACCAGACAUUUUGUUGAAAUCAUCUAUGGCCAGGAUGAAGAUACUUGGAGUGAUUAUCAUCUUGCUUCCUAUAGAGUGGACAGUGGGUUCACAGUGUGAAAGUACACCAAUAUUCAAGCAAGACGACACAGGCACUGCUCGCAACUGCUCCUUGGAGUGCCUGGAUUGGGACAAGUUAAAGCUUGAGGGUGUGAGGUUCCUGUCACUGGCUAACUGCAGAAUUUCCCUCAUUGAGAACAUUUCACAGAAUUCAAUUCUGGAGGAACUGAAUCUCAUGAAUAACGAAUUUCGACAUCUUUCACUGAAUCUCCUCCAAAAUUUCACAAACUUAAAAGUACUGAAUGUAAAGGGAAACCCUAUAACAUCCAUUUCCCUGAGCAUCAUUCAGGCAGUACAUGUUAUCUUUGAUUGUUCCUGUGAUGUUUUGAGAGAUCUGAUGCACAAUUGCAAUAAGGCAGUGAACUGCACACAGAGUUUCCUUGACAAUCUAAAUUGCACAAAUAAUUCCAGUGUGUUAAGUGUGGGCAGUUUCUAUCCUGCUGAGUGUGAGGGGCUGAGUCUCAUCCCUAUCUAUGUCCUUGUUCCAUUGCUCAUUGUUGUCAUUGUGGGAAUAUCUGUUUUUGUGCUGAUGAAACAGCGCUCCAAACUCAACAGCAGCGACCUUUCCCCCAACAAACGCCAUUCGGUUUCCACAUCAGAUCAUGGACAGCAAAGAUAUGCGAGCACAACAAACUGGAAAGAUGCAGCAGCAGUGACGGCCGGUACAGAACGUUCUAGAGAAGUGAAGCAGCAGUCGGUGGCUCAUAAGGAUUAUGAGAACGUGCUCAUGGAUGAAUCAGAUGGAGCACAAAGAAGAUAUGACAGGAACCAGAAGACCUCGGAUGAUACAUACUAUCUGGAGAGCACGCCAGCCUGUGAUAUUUACAUAAAUGAGCAGCCUGUAUAUUGUAACUACACAGGGUCCAAUGCUGAACCAGAGGAUGAUGUUUAUAUCAUGCCUGACAAUUAAAUAAAACAUCGUGACUCCCCA